ACACUGAAUCAGAUAAGAUAAUAAUUUUCUUUGGAUAACUACACCUUUUAAGUUUGUCAUCAGAGAAAAAUAACAUUGUGGAUUUUUCUAUUUAUUUUUGUUCGUUUAUUUAGUAUUUUCUUUAAAUAUUAAGUUGUUAAUAUUUUAAAUGACUUCUUAUGUGCGAGCCUUGUACGAUUUCUCUGGGGAACCCGGUUCGUCGGAAAUUUCUAUAACUGUCGGUGAGGUCUUGGCUGUUACAAGUACAGACGUGGGGGAAGGAUGGUGGGAGGGUAAAAAUAAUCGAGGUGAAAUUGGACUUUUCCCUGCUGCUUAUGUUGAAGUUAUGUCUGCAGCGGAUGUACAAAAACAAAACCAAUCACUUACCAACUCGGAUGCACAGCCUUCAGUCAACAGGUACGAUCACACAGCUGAUGACUUCAACGAUGGUGACGAUUGGGAAGAUGAUUGGGACGAUGACAACGAUACAUAUUCGGAAAUUGGACCAGGUGGACACGCAACUAAAAGUUACUCAUCAAAUAUGGCACAUUCCAAUAGCAGUUAUGAUAAUAAAAACUUACCUGCUGCACCAGCAGAUGAUAGCAUUUCGCUAGCAUCAACCGCUGCAACGAAUAAUACUACAACACUUAAAAAAUCGAGCAUGUUUAGUAAGAGUUCAGACUCAUAUAUAUUAGGGCUUGGCAAUAAAGAUAAAUUACCGGAAAGUGAAAUCGUAUACAUAGUGCAAAUAGACAAUUUUUAUCACUGGCAAGCAAAUAACCAAUCUUAUAGUGUUAUUGUGGCAAGUCCAAAAAAAGAAUCAAAAUUUAAGGGAAUAAAAAAGUUUAUAGCUUACCAACUAACGCCAAGUUUUAAUAAUAUAUCGGUGUCUCGUAGAUACAAACAUUUUGAUUGGUUUCAUGAACGUCUUGUGGAAAAGUUCUGUCUUAUUCCUAUUCCUCCGUUACCAGAUAAACAAAUAUCAGGGAGAUAUGAGGAACAAUUUGUUGAGCAUCGGCGUGUUCAACUGCAAGAAUUCGUAGAUUGGGUGUGUCGUCAUCCUGUUCUUUCGAAAUGUGAAGUUUGGUAUCAUUUUUUAACUUGUACUGAUGAUAAAAUCUGGAAAUCAGGCAAGAGGAAGGCCGAAAAAGACCCUUAUGUAGGUGUGACAUAUUGUUGGGCAAUAUCACCACCAGAAAAGCAACUUCUACAGUCUCAUGUCGACGCCCAAAUGGAUAGCUGUUCACAAUUUAUUCAUGCAAUGGACUCUUCUGUCAAAAAUUUGCUUGGCAUUUGCGGUGACAAUGCAAAACGCUACCAAAUCCAAAGUAAAAAGGAAUUUCAACGAAUUGGAGAUGGGUUAUCAGAUAUGGCUAAGGCAUUGAGCAUAGAUGAAAGACGAUCACCAACCAAAUCAGGCGUUGCAUUAUCAGAAAGUGUGGGACGAAUAGGAGGAAUAUUUAUUGGGGUCGGACAAAUUUUUAGUGAUCAGCCGAAAUUAGAUUGGAUACCAUUUUCGGAUCGCUUACAUAUCUACAGAGGAGUUUUAAACUGCUUUCCUGACAUUUUAUCAACACAUAAGGAAGCGGUGCAGAAACGAAAAGAAUGUGAACGUUUAGCAGCCGACCAGAAAAUGAGUAAUUCGCAGAUGGCUGAUGUGAACCGCCGAACUGAUGUAAUAUCUUACGCUGUUAUGGCAGAAAUGACACAUUUUAAGCAAGAAAGAGAUACUCACCUCAAACAGACAUUAAAAUCGUUCAUAGAAGAACAAAUUAAAUUUUAUUCUACUGUUGUCUCCAAGUUACAAGAAGCUUAUCGUCAGUUUGACUGAAAAAUAUAAAGCACAAAGAUAAUUAUUAAAAAAUUUAUAAUCUUAACAUUCGCAAAGAGCAGUUUUGGUUUUUAAAAGUAUAUCUUCUUUAUUUUUUACAUUUUAACCAAAUUUUUUAUGUAUACACACAUAAUAUUUGUAUAAAUAUAACAUUAAAGCAAUUAAAUAAAAUGUUGAACAUAUAUUUUAUAAAUUAUUUUAUUAUGAAUUUAUAUAUUGAAUGCUUAUUAAUAAAAUAUACAUGUAAUUA